AUGAUUACUAAUAAAUUUUAAACCUUCGUUUUCAAGAACAGAAAAUAUACAUUUCUUGAGCUUUUAGGAAGUGGCAAUUAUGGAUAAGUAUGGAAAGUUGAAGAUGAUAAAAAAGAAAAAUAUGCUUUGAAGAUAUAACAAUAAUUAGAUAAACGCGAAUAAGAGAUUACUGAAAUACUUUCAAAAUUUUCUUAUAGAAACAUUGUUAAUAUAAUAGGAUUGGAAAAAUUUAAUGAUAAAUACUUCUGUAUUUUAAUGGAAUGUUGCGAAUAAAACUUAUAUGAGAGAAUAUAAUAAAAAGUAUUUGAUGAAAAGGAACUCAGAUAUAUUUUAGUAAGUAUAGCUGAUGGACUAAAAGUGUUACAUGAUAAUAAUAUUACACAUAGAGAUUUGAAGCCAGAAAAUAUUAUGAUUAAAACUAUUUAGGAUUCUACGAAUCCUCAAAAUAAGUAACAAAUAUAUAAAAUUGCAGAUUUUGGCUUAUCUACAAAUAAUGAUAUCUGCUAGACUUAAUAAGUGGGAACUUGUUAUUAUAUGGCACCUGAACUGAUUAAUAAUCAACCCUAUAAUAACAAAGUUGACAUAUGGUCUUUAGGUGCAAUUAUAUAUGAACUACUUACAAAUCAACCAUUAUUUAAUGGUGAUUCCUAACAGCAAAUCCUAAAUCAAAUCAGUAAUUUCUACAAAAAAGAAAACUAAGAUAUUUUUCAUUAAAAAAUAUCUUUUAUUAAAGAUAAUCAAUACUAAACUCUAAUAAAAAAGAUGUUAGAACCUAAAUAAGAAUAUAGAAUCAAUAUAAAUGAAGUAUUAAGCCUGUUGAGAACCAGAUAUAGCUCUCCACCAAAAAUUUAACCGUUAUUCUAACCUAGAAUUGAGGAUACUAAGAGUAGAUUAUUUAAUCAUCGUAUAACUUAUGAAGAAGAUAAAAAAAAUAAAAAUUAAUUUAAAUAGUUAAUCAAUAUAUAGCAGUUUAAUAAACCUAAACAAAACAAUUUACCUAAUUUUAAUUAGAAUUUUGAUAUCCCAAGAAUUUUUACGCCUAGAAUUGUUCCUCAAUUCCAAAAUGAUAAUCAAAUAUAAAAUGGUAGUCAAAUACAAAAUGGUAAUCAAAUAUAAAAUGGUAGUCAAAUACAAAAUGGUAAUCAAAUAUAAAAUGGUAGUCAAAUACAAAAUGGUAAUCAAAUAUAAAAUGGUAGUCAAAUACAAAAUGGUAAUCAAAUAUAAAAUGGUAGUCAAAUACAAAAUGGUAAUCAAAUAUAAAAUGGUAGUCAAAUACAAAAUGGUAAUCAAAUAUAAAAUGGUAGUCAAAUACAAAAUGGUAAUCAAAUAUAAAAUGGUAGUCAAAUACAAAAUGGUAAUCAAAUAUAAAAUGGUAGUCAAAUACAAAAUGGUAAUCAAAUAUAAAAUGGUAGUCAAAUACAAAAUGGUAAUCAAAUAUAAAAUGGUAGUCAAAUACAAAAUGGUAAUCAAAUAUAAAAUGGUAGUCAAAUACAAAAUGGUAAUCAAAUAUAAAAUGGUAGUCAAAUACAAAAUGGUAAUCAAAUAUAAAAUGGUAGUCAAAUACAAAAUGGUAAUCAAAUAUAAAAUGGUAGUCAAAUACAAAAUGGUAAUCAAAUAUAAAAUGGUAGUCAAAUACAAAAUGGUAAUCAAAUAUAAAAUGGUAGUCAAAUACAAAAUGGUAAUCAAAUAUAAAAUGGUAGUCAAAUACAAAAUGGUAAUCAAAUAUAAAAUGGUAGUCAAAUACAAAAUGGUAAUCAAAUAUAAAAUGGUAGUCAAAUACAAAAUGGUAAUCAAAUAUAAAAUGGUAGUCAAAUACAAAAUAUUAAUCAAAUACAAAAUGGUAGUCAAAUAAAAAAUAUUAAUCAAAUACAAAAUGGUAGUCAAAUACAAAAUGGUAGUCAAAUAAAAAACGAUCCUCCAUUUUUUCCCUAGAAUAAUGUAAACAAAAAUGGAGUUACCUAUAAAUAAAAUUACUAAUAAAAUUAAAUGUUGAUGAUACCUAAAGAAUUAUAAUAAUAUGGAAGCCCUACCUAUUAUUCUCCUUAACGUGAAAAUAAUUAUGGUUUAUAGGAUUAAUAGGUUAGAUCUAAGACACCAGAAAAUGAAUUCAAUUACUCAUAAGUAAAUUAAUAAAAAUGA